AUGUCGAACACUCGGUUGAUUGCCAUACCCCUGGCUCUAUCCCAGCUAAUCCACCUAGCCGCCGCACAAUUCGCUACCGGCUUCUCGUAUACACAAUUCGAAACCACCCCUCUCGCAACCUACAGUUUCGCAGGCAGCCUAACGAACUUCAACCCGCCCGCCGACUGCACAUCAGGCGACCUCUGGACCGUCAACACCGAGCCCCUUACCGUAGCAUUCGGUAGUACGAGACAAUAUAUCGGGUCUUACUUUAGCGCAGGAUGUUACAGCGGCGGACCAAGCUCCUGUUGUCCCUCAAGUUGGAGGGAUACUGCGUAUUAUACCAGUACAGGCGGGAGUUGUCCACCUGGGUAUAGUAGGAUGCCCAGCGUUACUGAGGCGUUUUAUACUAGUGGGUCGAUUUAUUACUAUCCAGUUAUUUCCUUACAAUCGGGUAGUUCUCUCGCCUUCCCGUGCUGUCCUACGGUCUCAUAUACACACACAAUGGCAGAACGAAUCACCGGAGUUCUCCUCCCCAGAGCCAUGCUCACAUCAACAUUAACAAUCUCAUCAACCAGGGGUUACAUCCAAAUCCUCUGCAACUACCUCCAAGACGACAACCUAGAAGUCUACACCGAAUCCUCAACACACUAUUCAAUCUAUUAUCGAUACAUAGCGAAUCCAAUCUACAUCUUCGACAGCGACGCAACGCGAACAAGCGCAAGUACUACUAUCCAAACAAGCACAACUUCAGGUUCACAAUCUAGUUCUACACCCGCCAGUCCCGGAACAAGUGUUGAUUCUUCCGCCGGCGGACCGAGUAAUACGGCGCCGCCACCGCCACCAGAUGCUGAACAAAGUGGCGAGAAGAAAUCUGGCUUGUCGACCGGAGCUAUCGCUGGUAUUGCGGUUGGUGUUGGUGUUCCGAUUUUAUUAAUUGCGAUAUAUCUUACAUAUCGGUUGACGAGGAGGAAGUCAGAACCAGUUUCUUCUAGUUCUAUGUGGGGAAAUUCUGGUAAAACAGAAGUUGGGGGGAUGGAGCCGGGGAUUAUGGAAAAUCCGGCGGAGUAUGGUGGGAUUCAUGCGGCGGGUGGGGGCAAUAAAGCCUAUAAUUAA